CCCCAGGCUCAGGAAGCUGAGCCUGGGGACUCUGGGUCGGGAUCUCCAAUCUCCUGGGACAAGGUCAACAAGGUGGUCAAGAAGCUCCUCGGUGGCAGGGCCCCGGGGUGGAUGAGAUUCGGCUGGAGUUCCUUAAGGCYCUGGAUGUUGUAGGGUUGUGUUGGCUGAUGCGACUCUGCAAUAUCGCAUGGGGGCAGUUCCCCUGGAUUGGCAGACUGGGGUGGUGGUCCUCCUGUUCAAAACGGGGGACCUGAGGGUAUGCUCCAAUUACAGGGGGUCACACUCUUUAAGCCUCCCUUGCAAGGUGUAUUCAGGGGUCCUGGAGAGGAGGGUCCAUCGGAUAGUCGAACCUUGGAAUCAGGAAGAGGAGUGUGGCAGGAGGCAAGAAGACUGCAGCGGCAGGAGGCGAGAAGACUGCAGUGGACGGAGGCGAGAAGACUGCAGCGGACGGAGGCGAGAAGACUGUGGUGGAUGGAGGCGAGAAGACUGCGGCGGAGGUGAGAAGACUGCGGCAGAGAGAGGCAAGAAGACUGCGGCGACCGGAGGCGAGAAGACUGUGGCGGAGGGAGGCGAGAAGAUUGCGGCGGAGGGAGGCGAGAAGACUGCGGCGACCGGAGGUGAGAAGACUGCAGCGGAGGGAGGCGAGAAGACUGCGGCGACUGGAGGCUAGAAGACUGUGGCGGAGGGAGGCGAGAAGACGGAGGCGACCGGAGGUGAGAAGACGGAGGCGAGAAGACGAAGGCGACCGGAGGCGGCGGACGGAGGCGAGAAGACUGCAGCGGCAGGAGGCGAGAAGACUGCGGCGACUGAAGGAAAACAGGAUGGCGUUCAGGAACCAGUCAUGCCACCAGCUGUGGAGCCUGUCAACCAGGAGACAGUCAAACUGCUUGGAAACCAUGAGCAGAGAUACUGAGGCUGGCAGAAUGACUGGGGAUGGUGAUGGAGAAUGAGAGGGGACUGGAGCUG